AUGCCCAACACUCUUGGUAACGGUGAAUGGCUCGAAGUUGGCCAGAGCCUUUGGAGUCAGAAUGGCCAGGUUGAGUUGAAAAUGCAGCACGAUGGCAAGAUCGCGGUCUACGUGAACGCGGAAUGUGUAUUCCAGAACACAGCCGACCAGAGGGACGAUGUCAAGGGUAUCCACAUGCAAGAGGACGGUAAUCUUGUUAUGUACACUCACGACGGCACUGCCAUCUGGCACACCAACACCGCCGCUCCAUCGGGCGACAGCACAACCAUCUGUGCAGUGCAGAAUGACGGUAAUGUUGUUCUGUACAAGGGCACGCCUCUCUGGGCCAGCAACACCGGUCACUGA